AUGACACUGAAGUUAGAAGACGUAUCUUGCAAUCACGUCGUUAACUUCAUUGAAGAUAUGGGACAAGUCAUAGUCACCAGCAUCCCAAGGAAUCCCAUAUUUUUUGAAGUAGACAUCAUAACUAUCUGGCGCUUAAUAGCUAUUUCAAGAGAACCCGUUGUCCAUUCUAUUCCAGUGGAUCCACGGAAGAAUAUUAUCAGUAUGAGUUCCAGCGCAUUUUUCUUCACUUCUCUUGAGGUAAUCCUCUAUAUGAUGUCCGCAAUUUCUUGCGACAACUUCCGGAUCUUUGUAGAAUUUACCAUUAGGAUUUUUGUAUCCGUUCAAAUCAACAAGAGCGACGUACUGAUGGAAACUGCAAGUACGUAA